AUGAUCUUGCGAGUCAGCUCAAAAAUGAGGUUGUCUGCUUCAUCUCGUCCACUCAGUCCCAUCCGGAAGGCUGUUAUGGCUCUCGACGAUAGUCUUGCUGCUGUAGCUAGUGGAGCUAGUGUAGCUAUAUCUUGUCUUCAAGCUGAGGAGGCUAGGUGCAGUUUGCUCGAUUACAUUCCGCCGACUAGUCGACUAGCCAGCCCCGAUAUAGACGAAUCGAGCUGCGUGUCUUCCAUGCCUCGUAACACUGGCUCAUCAGGUAGGGGAACUUAG